AUGCCAGUGGGGCCGCAGCUGCCAGAGCCUCAACCGCCCUUCAUCGUCUUCACCGACGUGGACGGCACGAUCGCCCACAAAGAGGAGGACCUCCUCCAGCACGGUCGCUUCGAGCUCCCCAAAGUCCCGCCUGAUGGGCUGCUCCUUCCCCGCCAGGUUGAUUUCGUAGAGAGAGCCACGGGCGUGCGACAUCCGUGCGUGCGGUGCCUGCCGAGCGCGCGGGGCUCGAACGCGGUGAUCUCGGUCGCCACGCUUGAGAGGUUCGCGAAACUGCGCGCGGCGGGCAUCAAGAUCGUCGUGGUCACGGGCGGUCGCCUUGCCACUCUGGCUAGCAGGCUCCCGGCGCUGCCCGUGGCUGACGCGUACAUUGGCGAGAGCGGCGGGCGGAUCUUCUACCCGAGAAAGGACGGCCUCACGGCGGCGCCGCUGGUCGAGGACAUGAAUUGGCGACAGAGCAUGGCGGAGGCGUCCAAGCCCGACAUCGACGAACGUGUCCCGCCCCACGAAAGGGAAGGGUACGUCUGGGACGUCUACAGAGACAUCGCGAAGGCGGGGCUGUUCGCGGACACGAUGUACGCGACGACCUUUCGAGUGAAGGCGCCUCCAGAGGACGACAACAACCUGCUGGAGCGGUGGCGGGAGGAGAUCCUGACGGACAGCAGCAAGCCGUACCACGGCAAGGUGAACGUGUACUUCAACCUCGGCAUGAUGGACGUGGUGCCGCCCCAGAGCGGAAAGCACCGCUCGGCGGCGUACGUGUUGCGGGAGUUCGGGGGGCACUGGUCGCGCACCGCGAUGCUCUGCGACGACGAGAACGACAUGGAGCUCGCCAGGAUGGUCGCGAAGGCGUACGUGCCAGGGUUCACGCACCCGGCGGUGGAGCAGGAAGUGCGCGAGCACCCGCGGCACUUCGUGGUGGCGAGUGAGAUCGCGGGGAAGGAGGUGGUGGCGACGAUGGCCACGGACGUCAUCAUGGAGCGGCUCUGCAAGGAUCUCGGACUGGAUUAG